CGUAACGGGAACAGGUUCGCAGGGUUUCUUCUGAGCGCAUGGCGGCCUCUAAGCGCGCCUUUCUGGCUCCAAGUUUAGGACUUCAUAUAGGAGCAUCGCGUGUGAUGCUCCUUCACCUUAAGAAUCGAAAGGGCGUAUGUAGUUUCGCGUAGGUUUAUAUGUAGGGAGCCUGAGAGAAUCACAGAACGCCGGCGUUGGUCAACACGUGCCGCGCGUAGUGUGAUAUCGAAUUUGCUUGGAUAAUUUGGCGAUAAGAGAAUUAACGUGAUUCGUUAACAAGAUUCAAAAUAGUCUCAGUUAACGUUAUAGUGUAUCUACCAUUUGGACACUUGACUGAAGAUGUAGCGCAUAGUUGAUGUUGGAGAUUCUUAUAUAUAUAUAUAUAUAUAUAUAUAUAUUUUAGAGAAACGUUUUGUGUUGCCUGUUCACAUCGAGCGUUUUUUGCGAUUUUAAAACGUUUUUAUCCGGACGAAAACAAUGGAACUCGAACAGAACUUUAUGUUGAAUUGUGUGUUUGUAUUGGUUCCCGUUCAAUUAAUCCUCGUUACAUGCUUAACAAUCUUUUACAAGCUAAAAAUAAGAUGGCCUGUGAAAGUAAACUGCUGGUUUUGCAAUGAAAAUACAAGGGUUUGGAGGCGAAAUCUGAAUUGGUGGUUAUGUCCUUCAUGCCAACAAUACAAUGGUUUCUCCAAAAAUGAUGAUUAUGCAUACGAAAUCCCAGAACAAUAUGCAACAUUUAACAAACGCACAAAGUACUGCAGUUUGCCUAAACAGAACAAUUUUGCCAAUGUUCCAAAGAGCAAUAUCUGCAUGGAUUGUAACAAGCGAGAAAGCUUGAAAUUGUCGGCGCUGUCAAACUUUGAAGCCAAAAAUGAAAAUUUCUACAAUGCAGAGGUGAAAAUAUUUAAGGAAUACUUGGAGAAAAAGUAUCCACUGUGUAGUAGUUGCAAGUACACAGUGAGAGAUGUCCUGAAUAAGCAGGCAGUAUGGCUUACCCAUUACAAAAUGCUCUUUUUCAAACAAAAGCCAGUUAAGACAGUUAUCAAUAAUGUAGGGAAGUCAGACACAAUUUUUCGAUUUAUUUCGAUAGUUUUCUGUUCAAUUAUCACAUACAAUCAUGACGUUAUAUGGCUGCCAUUCGGUGGAUUAUUCGUUCACCUAUGUACUUGUUGGGCAAGCUCGAUGAAAAACAAGAAUUCCAACGUGUUAUUAAUAAUUUUAUGGUUUUGUAUGACUAUUCUCGUACUAGUCAAGAAUUUAAUGACACUGCAAAACGUCUGGCUCACUGCGGAACACAUUACACAAUAUCAUAUGAUAUCAGUAUGUACAUUGCUCAUAGGCUUGCUGAAUAUAAAACCUAAUUCAAAUAGAAAUAUAUCGACUACACCGAUAUCGUUUAAAAAGCUCAAGUUGCAUACACGGGACAUCAUUGUGCCAACGCAGUCUCCGUAUGACAAUCGAAAAAAAAACGACAGUAUUUUGAACGAGACAAACAGCAGUGUUGAAUUAUCAGGCAGUGAGAGCAAAUUAUCCAACGGCGAGAUUAAGUCACACUUAGCAGUACCGAAGCAGAAGUUAACCACGACUGUUACAAGCAUCAACGACAGCUAUCCGAACUUCUACUCUUGUUGCCUCGACAACAACGUGAGCGGCCUGAGCGCGCUGUCCUUGAGCGAGGACUCGCCGAGGUACAGCGUGAGAACGCCGCCGAUCUUCGAGAGAAAAGUAUACGGUGCGACCACCUACGAUCUCUUCAGGCGAUCCGCGUCGAGCAAGCGAUGUAUCCUCUCGCCGCCGAAGCUGCGAUCGGUCACGCAGACCUCGUGGGUGGCUGGCGGUUAUUGGCAAGAAGGUGGUAUGGUGAGCGGGGCGCCGACGCUAUCGCGUUCAUCCAGUCAGAGUUCGGGCUUUGGUUCGGCCGGCUCCUCUAAUUUCGCGCCGUCCAGGGAGCCGUCCGUGCACGAGUUUGAUCGUUGCUCCGUCGUGUCUGACGUCACGCAGACUUGUUACACACCGCGAGGAAACGUCGCGAAUCCCGUGAGGUCCUUCGCCAGCUCGGUGGUUCCUCGCGCGCAAUCUCGCUGCUCUGUAUAUGACGCGACUACGACAACGACGAGGAUGAGGAAUUGCUCGCAAUUGCAAUUGUCCGUAGUCCGAGCAUGCAACAAUCCGGUCGUUCCGGAGAGCCACGCUCAGCAGGAGCACGCGGCUGUUAGCAGCGCCGGCCAGAAUGACUCGAUAUCGGUGUGCCCGAGCCACACGACGGUAGUCAUGAACCCCGGUUUGCUGAUCACAUUACUCUGCGGCUCGCUGAUAUUGAACAUGAUAGUGUUGUGCGCCAUGCUGCUGCGUUAACGACGUUAACUGAUGUUCACGUCCGGUGUUUAUUAUAAUUUCGUUAAUAUUAUCACGCCGUUAGUAAGAGAAUUUAACGACCACUUGAGUACUCGCGUCGCAAACUUUGUGAUCUUCCUUUCUUUUUCUUGUUUUGUUUUUGAAAAAAAAAAGAAGAGCAAAGGAAGCUGGCUUCACAUAUGAUCUUCUAUUGUUAACUCUUUAAGAUUUUAACUCUUGAGAAUUAGGAUAGCGAAAAUUCUUGAAAAUGAUAAUGUGUACAUAUAUAUGCGAAUUUCGGAGGAAAUCGAAAUGUUAAAUCUUUCAAUUUGGGUAUUUGUAAGGAUUUAACUUUCGGUUCUCCGGACGCGAACGGAAGAGGCAAAUGUGUGAUUCACAUUCGAUGUGCGCCACGCGAAUACUUUAGGGAAGAACAAACAAUCGACUAUUACUGCCAAUUACGACUACAAUCUUCCGAUUUACUGCGCUCUCGUACAGUAGACGUAAUGUUACACUGCCAAUACACUGAUAUACUUUUUCGUCAAACAUAUCCGCCAGUGUUCACUUUAGAGACAUUGGAUUUUGUAGAUGUACACAGGUACUUUUACAUGCCCGAGAUUUACAUUUUAUGAACGUAAGUUACAGUUUUUCGAUAUCUAGAAACGUGGCUUCGCACGUGUAUAUCGUAUACGGGCUUGGCGCUACAUGUGUGGCGAAGAGAAACGAUCCUUUGUGUGUUCCUUAGCAAAAAAAAAUACGUACAUAUGCGAUUUUAGGUGUAAGAGUGAGAAUAAUCGUUUAAUGCUGAAGAUUUCCAUUGUUUUCCGUAACGCGAAUGUCAUCGACAACAUUGAUUUGUACACUUGCUUUCAAUAAAAUCUGGAUACUUUUUCCGAUGCGAUUUGGAACGGAGUCCGUGAUCCAGAAAGGAUUUGUUCCUGAUCAAUCGUCGGAAGUUAAGUUUUCUUAUUGGAUCAUUGAUUGCGUUCCAAACUGCAUCGAGAAAAAAAAUGUCCAAACCACAGCGAAAUCAAGUGUACAUAUCGCGAGAACUUCGCAAAGGGAAAGAUGUUACUUUGUUCUAUUCGACAAGAGUGUGUAUGCCUCUUCUUAGCCUGUGCACUUGAGAAACUUGUAAUGAUCAUGUUACUUAUCGUAAUCUCGAUUACCGUACGUUUUGAUAUCUGCGAUAUUGUACAAUUAUAUCGAUGAGAAAUAAAACUAGGAAACAAGAAACUUUUUACAAUAUUGCUUACAUAA